AUGGUGAAUCCUCCUCCUCCGAGAAUCCUCGGAGAAUCCUCCUCCUUAACCGCAAUUCAUACCUAUCGGUUACACUCCAAGGGUUUGGUGAGUGAAGAGCUUAUUAAGGAUGAUACAAUGCUGGUCGUUGGUUUAGGUUUGUCCCUCUGUAACUCUAACGAUGACACGAAACUGGAGAUUAAUAAAGCUCUGAUAACCCAAAAGCUGGCACACCCAGAAGCUGCGGAACUGGCUGCCCUCAUUCACGGCUUGAAAUGGGCCUUGCAACUCAGUGUGGAAAGUAUCCAAUUCUUCUGUGACGACUCCAAUAUCUUGGGCUACGUUACUCGUAAAGCUACACCGAACGAGUCCAUUAUAUCAAAACUUUUGGAGCAAGUGCUUCUUCUUCAGACAAGAUUCAAGUCUUGUCAGGCACUUGCUGUAAGCAGAGACAUCAAUUCUGUCUUUAAGCUAGCAAAAGAUGCUAUAGCUUCCCACACUAGAUGGUGUGAGGGCGACACCGAGUAUGAGACUUGUCCGGUCUGCUACUCUUACGUUUCACCUAAUGAUAAGUUUGAGUUAACCGCAAUUCAUACCUAUCGGUUACACUCCAAGGGUUUGGUGAGUGAAGAGCUUAUUAAGGAUGAUACAAUGCUGGUCGUUGGUUUAGGUUUGUCCCUCUGUAACUCUAACGAUGACACGAAACUGGAGAUUAAUAAAGCUCUGAUAACCCAAAAGCUGGCACACCCAGAAGCUGCGGAACUGGCUGCCCUCAUUCACGGCUUGAAAUGGGCCUUGCAACUCAGUGUGGAAAGUAUCCAAUUCUUCUGUGACGACUCCAAUAUCUUGGGCUACGUUACUCGUAAAGCUACACCGAACGAGUCCAUUAUAUCAAAACUUUUGGAGCAAGUGCUUCUUCUUCAGACAAGAUUCAAGUCUUGUCAGGCACUUGCUGUAAGCAGAGACAUCAAUUCUGUCUUUAAGCUAGCAAAAGAUGCUAUAGCUUCCCAAACUAGAUGGUGUGAGGGCGACACCGAGUAUGAGACUUGUCCGGUCUGCUACUCUUACGUUUCACCUAAUGAUAAGUUUGAGGUGCGCGGCUGCUUCCACCGCAUCUGCGUUACGUGCAUGAGGAAGCCUUUCUCAUCCGAACAACUUCUACGAGGGAACAACACAGCAAUCUGCCCUUACCCAGAUUGCGAGAAUGAUCUUGUGCCAGAGGAUUGUAGAGGUUUUGCUGAUGCUGAUGCUAUUACUCUUAUGAUCCAGCGCAAAAAGGCGAAGGCCAUCCCCGUUAAAGACAGAGUCUACUGUCCCAACCCUUCUUGUUCCUUUCUGAUGUCGGACCUCGACCUCAUUAAGCAUGUACGCAAUAAAAAUCCUCGGCAGUCAGAAGCACGCAAGUGCACGGAGUGCGGCUUGUCUUUCUGCAAAAAAUGCCAUGUUCCAUGGCACAACAAGAUGACCUGCGAUGAGUUCAAGAAGUCGGAGUCUUACGUGAAAUCUGACGCGGCGCUUUUUGAGUCUUUUGUGAAGACAGAGGGAUUGAAAAAGUGUCCCAAGUGUGGGAUUAUCAUUGAACAUGGUGGCGGGUGCAAACAAAUGACUUGCAGACACUGCGCACACGAGUUCUGUUACACAUGUGGGGCUGCGUGUAAAAAGAAGAAGAAACUGACAUGUGGAUGCUCGCGCUCAGGGAAAUAAACAUCCAAGGAAUGCAUCUCCUGGAUGUCAGACUCACUCGGAGGAAGCUCAUCAGUCUAGCCCUAAGUACUCUGGAAAAUACUCUUGUUUGGAUUCUCAAGUUAUUGUGUUUAAUGUUUUUAUUUAAUGGAUAUAUUAAUAAGUUUAUGUAAUGAAGCUCAAAAGUUUGAAGUGAAUUA